AUGACCUUCGUGGGCGCGAUCGAUAACGGCACAACGAGUUCGAGGUUCUUGAUCUUCGACCCGGCAGGAAACCCAGUAGCCUCACAUCAAAUCGAGUUCAAGCAGAUACACCCAUAUUCAGGGUGGCACGAGCACGACCCGAACGAACUUGUCGCUACUGUCUCGGAAUGUAUAGAUAAAGCUUGCGGUGACUUCGAGGCCAAAGGAUAUUCACUUGCGGACAUCAAGGCUAUUGGAAUCACCAACCAGCGGGAAACGACAUGUGUGUGGGAUACCAGGACUGGCGAGCCUUUACACAACUGCAUAGUGUGGACAGACACGCGUACACAUCGCAUUGUCCAUGAACUGCGGCAGCGCGAGGGUGCCGAAAAACUCCAGAAUCUCUGCGGGCUGCCCUUGUCCACGUAUCCCUCGUCCACGAAGCUCCUGUGGCUACUCAAGCACGCGGAGAGCGUGAGGAAAGUAUACGAAGAAGGCUUUCUGGGGUUUGGCACGGUCGACACAUGGCUCGUCUACAAGCUCAAUGGUGGUGUUGAGGCGAACGUUCAUGUCACAGACCCGACAAAUGCUUCCCGGACCAUGUGGAUGAACAUCCACACCCUAAAAUACGACGAAAAACUUAUCGAUUUCUUUAGACUCGACGUCAAAACUCCCAAGUUGCACCUCCCCAAGAUCGUGCCCUCUUCCGACCCAGAGGCGUAUGGCAAGCUUGCCAGCACGAAACUGAAAGGUACCAAGAUUGCAGGAUGCCUUGGUGACCAAUCGGCCGCUCUCGUGGGCCAGUGCGGAUUCACACCUGGCCGGGCGAAGAACACCUACGGUACAGGCUGUUUCCUGCUGUACAACGUUGGUGAGAAACCUGUGAUUAGCAAGCAUGGCUUGCUGGCAACCGUGGCGUAUGAUUUCUCUUCUCAAGGCAUCAAACCAGUGUAUGCCCUGGAAGGGUCGAUCGCGGUGGCCGGUUCAUCGGUGAAAUUCCUCAUGAACAAUUUGGGUUUUUUCCGCGAUUCGCACAAGGUGUCGGAACUAGCACGUACGGUACCAGAUAACGGCGGCUGCGUGUUUGUUACAGGCUUCAGCGGCCUUUUCGCACCCUACUGGUUUGACGACGUCCAAGGCACCAUCUGGGGUCUUACCGCGUAUACGGAGCGAGGCCAUAUUGCCCGCGCGACGCUUGAAGCGACAUGCUUCCAGACAAAGGCCAUUCUCGAUGCUAUGGAGCAGGAUGCUGGUGUCAAACUCGCUGAACUCGCCGUCGAUGGCGGUAUGAGUAACAGUGAUCUGUGCAUGCAGAUUCAAUCCGACGUGGCACAAAUCCCCGUGGACCGACCACGGAUGCGCGAGACGACAGCACUGGGCGCCGCUAUUGCGGCUGGCUUUGCCGUCAAAGUGUGGGCAUCAUUUGACGAACUCAGAGAAAUCAACAGGGAAGAGCGAUUCGUCUUUAAACCCAAAAUCACACAGAAGGCCAGUGACAAAAUGUACAAGAAGUGGAACAAGGCCGUCCAGAUGUCCAAGGGCUGGACGACCGAACAAGACGACGAAGCCGAGAGUGACGCUGAAGACAACCUGGAAGAAGACGAGGGACCGCUCGAGCAGACCGUCACCGUCGAUGACUAUGGGAGGAGUAGGGAUGACUGA